AUGUCUACUAGUCUCUGUUAUCGUUACCUACUUUCUGAGAACAUGGUCCCGCCGCAUCGCGUGGAGAAGUUUAACAUUAUCUAUGGGAAUCUGGACUGGCCUGACACGUGGCGCUCCCUAUCCCUCUUCCAUCUUGAUCGUCAGGUCACUGACCUUAAUUGGAAGAUUGCACACGACGUCUUGUACACUGCACAGCGUCUGGCCUCCUUCGGCUUAUCUGUUCCUUUACCUUGCUUCUGUGGUGCCCCGGUGGAAACACCGGAACACCUUUUCUUUUAUUGCCCCCUUGCUCAAAGCGUUCUUUCUUGGCUACAGUCGUUACUGUUUGGUUUCUCUUCCAUGUGUCCUGUUCUCCUUCUUCGUCACGUCCUCUUUGGCCUCAACUCUAAUGAGUUGAGGGCCAUCCCUUGUGUUUUCGUCUAUCUCCUCAAUCUCUGUAAAUUCUUUGUCUGGCAAUCUCGUAAUGACUUUUGCUUCCGUUAUUCCAGGCCUGGCGCUGUGGACGUCAUCGCUCGCGUGAAGACCCGCCUGAGGUUUCAUCUUAAAAUCUUCUUCAGGCGCUUCACGUCGACCCGACGUCGUUGCUUCUUCCAUCGGCAGUGGGGUGCCCGUGGCACUGUAGCCUCAGUGGUCAACUACACUCUUGUCUUUACCAUCUAG